GUUCACCGCAACGCACAUGUUUGUUUUGAGUUGUCGCAUGGAUUUAGUUAUAAAUUUUUGGUCUCGUACUUAUUUUCGUUAGCAUUCGUUUUGUUUUGCCGUUGUUUAUUAUAAUCGUUUCUUUACUUCCAUUUGACAUUGAAACCCGAUUUUAUGCUAUUCUUCAUUUAUGUGGUGUUAUUAAAGACGUAUUCAAUAGAAAAGUGAAUCGACACAUAUUUUGAUGAAUGUUUUAUUCGCACGCAUUUUAUAAAUGAAAAUGUUUUACGCACCGAAAUUUAUUGAAACAGAUGAAAACGAUUUAGUUGAUCAUGAAACACUGUUGGACAUGGACGUGUGUUUCGCGGCAUUUGAUAAAGACGGUGAUGACUUAUUGUCGUUGCCUGAAUUUAUGCUGAUAUGCCGUGCCCUAUUCCGAAAUGACAAAGGUCACAUCUAUGUCGUUCCGGAUGAACAGUUGGAACAAAUAUUUUCAGUUUUUGAUAAAAACGAAGAUGGAUUCAUUGAUCGCGAUGAAUUUCAAUUUUGCUGGAACCAUUGGAUCAAAACAAUUGUUCGACCAAUAAGUGCAUUUUUGCUUGUUGAUAUCCAGAAUGAUUUUAUAAGCGGUUCCCUAAACAUAAGCAACUGUAGCGCACAACACAAUGGAAAUGAGAUAAUCGAACCCAUCAACCGUUUAUUGGACAGCAUCGAUUUUGACAUGGUAUUCUAUUCAUUGGACUGGCAUCCCACUGAUCACAUUUCAUUCAUUGAAAAUUUGAAAAUGCGUCCACUCCAUAGUAGCAGUCCAAUUGACGUGCAUUCGGCUAAAGUCUACGACACUGUCAUUUUUGAUGGUACACCACCAAUCAAGCAACGUCUUUGGCCACGCCAUUGUAUACAAGAUUCCUGGGGUGCCGAAUUGCACAAAGAUCUCAAAGUAUUGGAGAAUUCGGUGAAGGUGUACAAAGGAACAAAUCCCGAAGUCGAAGAAUAUUCAGUUUUUCGUGAUAAUAAAACUGUAUCAAAAACAUCAUUAAAUUUACUACUGAAAGAAAAAGGCAUCACUGAUAUAUAUGUGUGCGGAGUUGCGUACGAUGUUUGCGUUGGUGCAACAGCCAUUGAUGCCAUUUCCAGUGGAUAUCGAACGAUUUUAUUGGACGAUUGUUCUCGCGGCGUCGAUUUGAAAGACAUUGAAUCUGUCAAAAAGACGAUUAUAUCAACUAAUGGCGUCAUUAUUAACUCGAAACAAGUAAAAGCAAUGGUUGAAGGCAGAGAUCGCCGCCCUGAGUUGGGAUUGAAACUUGCAAUGGAACUUAAAAAUGAAAAUUCUGAGCUAUCGCAGAGAAUCCACAGCAAAAUCACCAAUUUAUAAUUUCACUGCGAUCAGUGAAUUGUUGAAUAUUUUUAAAAUAUUUCUUGUAAACAACUCUAAAACCUCAUACAAAAUUGUGGAUAAUGCAUUCCACAAAAACGGACUCUGAAUGAAGAAAUUCGUCAUGCUUUAUACUUAAAAAACACGGCACGUAAAUAUGACACUCUGAAAAAUGAGUAUGUAUAUUGUAUAUUCAAUAAAUGGCACCUCAAACGUGAUAUAAUUCACCACUUGGUAAUUUAACACCAUGAUGAAAAUAAAACAAAAUUAUUUUGCAAACAAUAA